UCGGCAAGCGGCACCCGCGUCUGCUGCGGCGCUGGGUCCGAGCGCGCGGCGCGGGGCGGCGACGGCUACGGGGGUCCGUGCCCGGGCGGGGACCGGGGGACCCGGCAUGGCGCUCCGGAGAGGCGGCGGGGCGCUGGGGCUGCUGCUGCUGAGCGCCGCGUGCCUCAUCCCGCCCAGCGCGCAGGUGAGGCGGUUGGCGCGCUGCCCCGCCACUUGCAGCUGUACUAAGGAGUCCAUCAUCUGCGUGGGCUCCUCUUGGGUGCCUAGGAUCGUGCCUGGCGACAUCAGCUCCCUGAGCCUAGUAAAUGGGACAUUUCUGGAAAUCAAGGACCGAAUGUUUUCCCAUCUGCCUUCCCUGCAGCUGCUAUUGCUGAAUUCUAACUCAUUCACAGUGAUCCGGGAUGAUGCCUUUGCUGGCCUUUUUCAUCUUGAAUACCUGUUCAUUGAAGGGAACAAAAUAGAAACCAUUUCAAGAAAUGCCUUUCGGGGCCUCCGUGACCUGACUCACCUUUCUUUGGCCAACAACCACAUUAAAGCACUUCCAAGGGACGUGUUCAGCGAUCUGGAUUCCCUGAUUGAACUAGACUUAAGGGGUAAUAAAUUUGAAUGUGACUGCAAAGCCAAAUGGCUGUAUCUAUGGCUGAAGAUGACAAAUUCCACAGUGUCUGAUGUGCUGUGUAUCGGUCCACCAGAAUACCAGGAGAAGAAACUCAAUGAUGUAACCAGCUUUGACUAUGAGUGUACCACCACAGAUUUUGUCGUUCAUCAGACUCUGCCGUACCAGUCAGUGUCAGUAGACACGUUCAACUCCAAGAACGAUGUGUAUGUGGCCAUCGCUCAGCCCAGCAUGGAGAACUGCAUGGUGUUGGAGUGGGACCACAUAGAAAUGAAUUUCCGGAGUUAUGACAACAUCACAGGCCAGUCCAUUGUGGGCUGCAAGGCCAUCCUCAUCGACGACCAGGUCUUUGUGGUGGUGGCCCAACUCUUCGGUGGCUCUCACAUUUACAAAUACGACGAGAGCUGGACAAAGUUUGUCAAAUUCCAAGACAUAGAGGUGUCUCGAAUCUCCAAGCCCAAUGACAUCGAGCUGUUUGAGAUCGACGACGAGACGUUCUUCAUCAUCGCCGACAGCUCGAAAGCAGGGCUGUCCACAGUUUACAAGUGGAACAGCAAAGGGUUUUACUCCUACCAGUCGCUGCACGAGUGGUUCAGGGACACGGAUGCAGAGUUUGUUGACAUCGACGGGAAGUCGCACCUCAUUCUGUCUAGCCGCUCCCAGGUCCCCAUCAUCUUGCAGUGGAAUAAAAGUUCCAAGAAGUUUGUCCCCCAUGGCGACAUCCCCAACAUGGAGGAUGUGCUGGCUGUGAAGAGCUUCCGAAUGCAGAACAACCUCUACCUUUCUCUCACCCGGUUCAUCGGGGACUCUCGCGUGAUGCGAUGGAACAGUAAGCAGUUUGUGGAGGUCCAGGCUCUUCCAUCCCGGGGGGCCAUGACCUUGCAGCCCUUCUCCUUCAAAGAUAACCACUACCUGGCCCUGGGGAGUGACUACACAUUCUCACAGAUAUAUCAGUGGGAUAAAGAGAAGCAGCAGUUUAAAAAGUUUAAAGAAAUCUAUGUGCAGGCUCCCCGGUCCUUCACAGCCGUCUCCACUGACAGGAGAGAUUUCUUUUUUGCAUCUAGUUUCAAAGGGAAGACAAAGAUUUUUGAACAUAUCAUUGUUGAUUUAAGUUUGUGAAGGUGUGAUUGGAACGAUUUCAAAGAUGUGUAGUGUUAGCUCUCACAAGAGAGAGAGAGAGAGGACCAAGACGAAAUAAAAUUUAAAAAUAUCAUAAAAUAAGCCAGGCUCAGAGCUCUGAAAUUAAAAUUCAUAAUGCACCGGGGGAAAUAGUUAGACAUUUUCAAACUUUUAGGAUUCACAUUUUAACCAGGGAUUGCAUUUUUUUUUCCCUUUUGGCUGACUGCAUGACAGGCCUGUGCUGCUGUCUACAAACGACAUCUUAAAGCCUGUAAUUUCUGAGAAAGGAGUGCAGCAUCUUGACCAUCUAGAAGGCAAUGUGCUUCUACUUUAUUUUCAAUAAGAAAGGAUAAAGCAGACAAGAUGGGCCAGUCCUUUUAGUGCAAUCAGGAAAGACAAAAAGUCCCCACCGUCUAACCUUCCCAUCCUAUCUUAGCAGGUCUUUCAGCUAAGAACUGGGAAAGCGGAAGUGAGCUGAAAAGAUUUACUGAUCAAUCCGUUUGAAAACCUUAGAACUCUCCGCAGUGCUAUUUUGAGCCAUCCUAGUCUCCUGAAAGUCAUAGCCAGGCCAGCCUUCCAGAAUCUUCCUUGGAGUAGAACCUUGGCUCUGUCCUCAUCUGGGUCGAUCUUCCUCAUGAGUACACUCACAGAUUAAUGUUUCACAUCGUUUCCUCUGCCACAGAGAAAAUGUUCUAGUGACACAUGUUUAGACCAGCAUGGGAUUUGUCUGAUAUAAAGGGGUUU